AUUUUUCCUCUCAUAAACCCCCCAUCCAACUUUGCUGUACAGUUCUUACAUAAAGCUCCUCUUCCCUGAACAGUUUUACCACACAUCGCUCUCUCUUUUCCUCUCUGAGCUAUUCUUCAAAGGAGAAAGUUUGACACCCCAGGAUGAAAUUAAUUUUUGUUGUAAAAAUGGGAUUUUGAGAUAGAGCACGUUGAAAGAGGCAUUUUCUGGGUAUUUUUGUAAGUUUAGGGGAUUUAAUUUAAUGGCCGACAAGAACUAUGACUGGGUAGGCUCAACCUUACUAUGUGAAGAGACAAACAGUCUGUGCUUCAUUGAUCUUGACUCUCCGGCAACGGAUGAGGUAACCCAAGAAACCGAUGGUUAUAAAGGCUUCAUCUUUGACACUGGAAGGUUACAGCCAUUGAUUGAUUUGCCAAGUCUCUGUGAGGAAAGCUUUUGUUUAAUGGUGGAAAAGGAGAUUCAGUAUAUGCCUAAACAAGAUUAUCUUAAAAGAUUGAGAUGUGGAGACUUGGAUUUGACUGUGAGAAGAGAUGCGGUUGACUGGAUUUGGAAGGCUCACAGGCAUUAUGGAUUUGGAGAUUUUAGUUUUUGUUUGUCAAUCAAUUAUUUGGAUCGUUUUCUUUCCAUGUAUGAAAUGCCAAACAACCAAACAUGGGCAGUCCAGCUGUUAUCUUUGGCUUGUUUAUCAAUAGCUGCUAAAGUGGAGGAGAUCUAUGUGCCUUCGACGGUUGAUUUACAGGUUGGGGAACCCAAAAGUAUGUUUGAUGGUAAAACCAUACAAAGAAUGGAACUUCUUUUGUUGAGCACUUUGGAGUGGAGAAUGCAAUCAUACACUCCAUUGACUUUCAUUGACCAUUUCCUGAGAAAGAUUAAUGGUGAUGACAAAAUCCCAUCAUCAUCACCCUUGAUUUCUAGAUCAAUGCAGAUCAUCUCAGGCACAACUAAAGGAAUUGAAUUCUUGGAAUUCAGACCUUCUCAAAUUGCUGCAGCUGUGGCUAUGUUUGUUUCUGCGGAAACUGUAGUUGUGGCUGGAGAAGACAUAUUUAGGGAUGUCCCUUGUUUGUCACAUGUACAAAAGGAGAAGGUGAUGAAGUGUGUUGAGCUGAUUCAAGAUUUGGAUGAAAGAAGUGAGUCAUCUGACUCAGCUCCGCAAAGUCCAAAUGGUGUGCUGGAGGCUGCAUGGUUGAGCUUCAAAGCUGUUGGGUCAUGCCCAAGCUCUCCACAAACCAGCCCAGACACGAAAAGGAGGAGAUUAGACAUUUGUAAUGGGGGGAAAUGAUUUAAAACUAAAACCAAGAAAAAAGAAAACAAAAGUGAGGGGCUUUUUAGAAAGAAAGUCUCUAUUUAAUUGAUGAAAGAAAAGAUAAAAAAAGAUAAAGAAUGAGAGGUAGGAGGUGAAGUAGCUGCUUUUGGCAUGAAAAGAAUUGGGUACCAGCUGUUAAUAAUUAUUCUUAGUUGUCUACAACCAUGGUAAAGAGGUAGGAGGCUGGUAUGAAUUGGACUGUGGAUGGAAGGGACUUAUCUUGUGGGAGCAAAACUGCUAUUUUUACCUCUCUCUUUUCGUUUUCCCUUUUUCCUUCUUUGGAGUCUUUGAAGCUUCAAGUUUUAAAUAAAAAGAUGAGGAACACAGAAAAUUGCAGUAAAUGGCUAAUUUUGCAUUUCAGUUUCAGUUUAGAAUUGUGCCAAAGUUAAGAUCGAAAAGAAGAUUAUCAACCAAUUGAGAUUUAGGGAUAUCAAUCCUAUCAAUUGUCAAUUUGGG